AUGGCGACCGCCGGGAGCGAUCCCCAGUGGCCGAUGUCUUCCUCUCUCCAGAGCAGUCCACGAACUGGAGCCCAGUGGAUUCUGCCGCGCUCAGAAAAAGAGCGUCAGUCUUGCUGGUCUUCUUUUCCCAUGGGGCAGAGACCGACAGGUACUUUCCAUAAAGCCUCCUCCUACCUGCUCCAGCAGCUCAUUCACCGCUCUCGGGAGUCGGACGCGGACGGAGAGGAAUACGAGGACGAGGGCGAGGGCGAAGUGGAAUCCGAGGAGUCCUCAGAGUCCGAGAUGCUGAAUUUGGAGGAGGAAUUUGAUGGGGUCCUGAGAGAGGAGGUCGUGGCCAAUGCCCUUCACCAGUUGGGGCGCUCAGGCUCCGGGACUGAGCAGGUCUAUCUCAAUCUAGCUUUAUCAGGUUGUGAUUUAAUUGACAUUAGGAUUCUCUGUGAAUAUGUUCACCUACAGAAGUUGGAUCUUUCAGUAAAUAAAAUUGAAGAUCUGUCUUGUGUGAGUUGUAUGCCUUACCUUCUAGAACUUAAUGCUUCUCACAAUAAACUGACGACAUUCUUCAAUUUCAAGCCACCCAAAAAUCUCAAGAAGGUGGAUUUUUCCUACAAUCAAAUUUCUGAAAUGCGUGAUUUGUCAGCAUACCACGCUCUCACUAAACUAAUUUUGGACAGCAACGAGAUAGAGGAGAUCCAUGGGCUAGAGCUGUGUAGUGGCUUAACGUACCUGAGUCUGGCCAAGAACAAAAUCACGUCAAUUAACGGCCUAGGCAUGCUGCCAAUCAAAAUCCUUUGUCUGAGCAAUAACCAGAUUGAGAAGAUCACGGGUUUGGAGGACCUAAAAGCCUUGCAGAGUGUGGAUCUGUCCCAUAAUCAGAUCAGCAGCCUCCAGGGCUUAGAGAACCAUGACUUCCUGGAAGUGAUCAACCUGGAGGAUAAUAAGAUUGCUGAGCUGGGUGAAAUAGAAUACAUUGAAAAUCUACCUCUCCUCCGGGUUCUCAAUUUUCUAAGAAAUCCAGUUCAGGAAAAAUCUGAAUAUUGGUUCUUCGUGAUUUUUAUGCUCCUGCGACUAACAGAAUUAGAUCAGAAGAAAAUCAAAGUGGAAGAAAAGGUUGCUGCCGUGAAUAGAUACGACCCUCCCCCAGAAGUGGUCGCAGCCCAAGAUCACCUGACCCAUGUUGUCAACAGUGUGAUGCAGCCGCAGAGGAUCUUUGACAGCACUCUGCCCCGCCUGGACGCCCCUUAUCCCAUGUUGGUGCUAGCUGGUCCUGAAGCCUGUGGGAAACGAGAACUGGCUCACCACCUCUGCAGACAGUUCAGCACGUACUUCCGAUACGGGGCCUGCCACACCACAAGACCGCCUUACUUUGGAGAAGGGGAUCGAGUUGAUUAUCAUUUUAUCUCUCAGGAAGUUUUUGAUGAAAUGCUAAACAUGGGGAAAUUCAUUCUAACAUUUAAUUAUGGUAAUCACAGUUAUGGAUUAAAUAGGGACACCAUAGAAGCUAUCGCCAGAGACGGUUUAGCAAGCUGUAUUCACAUGGAAAUAGAAGGUGUAAGAAGUUUGAAAUUUUCCUAUUUUGAGCCUCGAUAUAUCCUGGUGGUGCCCAUGAACAAGGAAAAAUAUGAGGGAUAUUUGCGGAGAAAAGGAUUAUUUAGUCGUGUAGAGAUUGAAUUUGCUGUCUCUAGAGUGGACCUUUAUAUUAAAAUCAACCAGAAAUUUCCAGGAUAUUUUGAUGCAAUCAUCAAUGCAGAUGAUCUGGAAGUUGCCUACCAAAAGCUGAGUCAUCUCAUCAGAGAGUACCUUGGGUUGUCUGAGGAAACAUCCAAGAAUUUGGCUCCAACUGCAGAUAUUAAGAUAUCUCCAAUGAAAUCUGAGGAGUUUUCUAGGAAGCUCUCCACUUUGAAUUUGUGUGAUUUCCUGGAUUCUACAGACAGAAACUACUUUGUGAAAUUAUGGGCCAAACUUGCAGCCAAAAAAACCCCAGUGGAAAGAGAAUCUAUAGAGAGACAAUAUGAGACAGCCCGGCAGGCCCUGAUGGGAAAGAUACCUCCUCAUCAUACCCUCCUGUUUCAAAGGGGUCCGGUGCCAGCACCUAUUAUCAAUGGUCUACAUUAUUUUACAGCUUUAGAAUUACAGAAAAGUUUUGAGCUUUGUGAAGAUUUUAAAGCUCCCAUUGGACUGUAUUCUGAGAAAAGCGGCAAGGAUUCCCACCUUACCAAGAACUAUUCUACCGUAUUUCAUUCUUAUCCAUGGUCAAAAGAAAUGGCUUUUCAGCCUCCAGAGGGCAGCGUCUAUUCCCGCCCGGGAUCAGGAGUGAGUGAUAGUGAGGCCGAUCAGGCCCUAAAAGAGCUAUGUAAACAGCCAAUUCCAUGUGACAAAGGGUCUGUCCAACACAGAAGACACACGGUCUCAGUCAUCAGCCACCCAGGUUUCAACACCAAACUCAUCCUCCCUCCAAUCCCUCAGGGCCGCAAGUAGACCAGUAGCUGACAUUUGGUCUUAACACACAAAACUUGUUCUGAUCAAUGUCCAAUCCCUUUGUCUUACCUGGCCAUGGAUCCUGUUUCCCACUCAACCAACUACCUACAAAAGAAAUGUUCUACAUGCCUUUAAUU